AAGCCACCCAGACGUCUUUGCAACUCGACACCGAGCACGUAUCGAGCAGAUCCUCUCACCUCGCUUGUCGUCGAGUGGGCCGUAGCCGGACCGUCCCCCUUGCCUGGAAAUCAUCGAGUGAUGUUGACCAGGCCAAAUGCGUGUGAAGCGCGAACCUCGAGGGAUAAAAAAAAAAUAGUCGUGUAGGUUAUUUUAUAGGAGGCAGUUAUCUGCCUCAAUUGAGAAAAAAUUCAUUGUAAUGUAAUUUUUUUUCGAGCACCCUUAAAAAAAAUGGCGGCAUUAGCCGUUAUAACAGCCAUCUCGAACACCCCCCCCCCCUCCGGGCCUAGUAGUAAGACAAUUUAUUUGACCAACAAAGCCCCUGAAAAUAGGCAACCCACAGUAAAUCCCCCCCCCCUUUCCACUUUACCUUCUGGCAGCGACAGUCUUGAGGACUGGCUAAUAAUGUGCCUUCCUUAUUAAAUGAAGGUAUGUGGUUCCAUUUAUCGCACUGCACUGGCCGACCCGUCCGUUGAUGCCUGACUUCAGAUGCUAUGACCAGCGAGGCGCAGGAGAUUCGUUCCUUGACAACUAUCAGCGUUCCGAUUUCCCGUAACUUUGCUGUAAACACGCUCUCAUCUACAACACCCCAUUACUUGAUCAGAACGUUAUCCCAACGAUGUAUUGAUACGAAGCAAGCGCAGUGAAAAUUCUUCGACCUUUAAAUGAGAGUUGCCGAGAUGCGCAGCGCGUGGCGUGGCGUGGCCCUGGCCGCUAGCGCUGGUCCCCGCUCGUGCGCGGUCUCGCCGGCGACGGAGCGGCAGAGAACGCGCCCAGCGCCCAGUCCGGCCCAGUCCUCCCCAGUCCAGUCUGGACCGAGAGCCCUGAGAGCUGACUAGACCCAAGCCCUCAUUCACCUCGGGCGGGCCAGGUCACGGAGUGUCCGUUCGUUGCCGUGCGUACAAGAAGGUCGUCAAGCACGUCUCAGCCGUACUACAGCAGAAGAGUCCAUGAGUGGCAACACAGUAGCAGCCAUGUCCUCGGAGCAGCUGACCUUGGCCCAGCUGCCGGACGACGUGCUGCUGGUGGUGAUGCAGCUCCUGGACAUUGCUUACCUCUUCGCCCUCCGGCUGGUGUGCAAGCGUCUCGGCGGCCUCGCCCUGCACCCGGACGCGUGGCGCCACCGACGGCUCCAUGACACCUGCGGGUGCGCGGUGCUGCGCCUGGCGCCCUGCCUGGACGCGGCCGUUUACGGGCGUGACGGCAAGAAGCAUUUUCACAACUCGGCGUUUAUGGCGACGACAUGUGCCGUGAGGCAUUUGGACCUGUUUCCUGAAGACAAUGAUUAUGCAGCUAUCGCCCUGGUGAUCCGCAACCAGGAGGCACUCGGCCGUCUCCGGAGUGUCAAACUAAUGGCGUGGCCCAAAUCCCAAGGAAGGUUCGACGUGUUGUUGAAGACCUUAGUGGCGUGUUCCUCUGUCUUGGAGUCGCUUGACCUUUUUAUAUCAUCUAAGCCCUAUGCUAUGGGCCCUGUUCUCUACGGGCCGCCCAGGUCCUCCCUCAAGUGUUUUCGGUGCGAAACCUUCAAGGAUGCGGAAAGCUUCUUUAACACCCUGCUGGCCGGUCACGCCGCUACCCUGGAGGAGGUUGAUUUUAGCGUUGACUCCCGCCACAGCAUCAGCGCAGACACGGCCGCCCUGCUUCUCCGCAUGCCCAGACUGCGGAAGCUCCAGUGCCUAGUCUUCCCUGGGAUGGAGGUCUUGGCCGCGUGCAAGAUGCUCGCGGACGUGUCCCUCGGCGUGUCGCUGGAGGAGGGUGCCAUUGCGGGAGCCGUGGCAUUCUUUCGCCAGGCCAACCAGCUUCGCGUCGUUUCCUUAGACUACACCUGGCUUGACUACUGUGAUAUGAAGUCCCUACCAAGAGCCCUAGCGUCGUCCGGACGAUCCCUCGUCGAGCGACUGACCAUUGACAACUUCUAUGGCGAACUGCAGCCGCUGUUCGGCGCACUGCCCCGGCUGCCAGCCCUGAGAGUGCUGAGCUUCCUGAACUCAUGUAUGUUGCGGCCGUGCAAUGCUGACAAGAUGGACGAACUGCUGCUGGGGCUCACGCCCGCCUCUGCACCCACGCUACGGCUCCUCGAGCUGUCGCAAGAACCAGUAGUUAACCCCUUAUUCAAGGGUUGUAUUCACGCCUGGCUGCACAUGCACAGCGACUCGCUGAAGAAGGCCCUCGCAGCUAACCCCCUGCUCCACAUUCUCGUCCAAAAUCCCUCUGUCUGUGGCGAUGGUGAUAGUUGUGACGAUAACGUUUGCGACGUGUGUCCACUUGACUGCCAUCCCCAAGUACGAGGGGAUGCUUGUCUUCGUGGGAAGCUUGGUCUCUUCUCGCACGACCCAAACAAAUGUCCCUCCCCGGAGAACCACACUAUUGACUCCAGUCAUGUGUGGAUUCACAUAUAAAUUGCAAUUGGGAAUCAUGUAUGCGUAGAAUUUAGCUUGGUUUUGGUAUAUUCUUUGUUUCCUAAUUAGCAAGGUACAAUGGAUUUUCUUCAUAUUUGUUAUCUUUUCUUGGUAAGAAGCUUUUUCACAUUGUACUGUGCUUACUGUCACGUGAGAAUUCUGUAAAGUUGUUCCUGCAAUUUAGCCUUAAUAAAUUGAAAUGGACCUCCA